UUCAAUGGAAAUACAGUUCACAUUCCCAGCUGGGAUUUUAAAUUGUGAUCUUUUUCAGAUCAGAUUUGGAUUUUUGAUUGUCCCGGCCUGCCUGUGUGCUUGUGUUGCACACGAGCAACUAGUCACAUGGGAGAAAGUCUGACCAGUCCGUUAGCAAAGCAGCCUCCUGUCGCUGCACGCUCCACCUUUAGGUCAUCAGACCUAAGUGGAAGUCCCUUAUCGGACUAUUUGAGUCAUUUAUCUCUUUCAAUCCGGAUCUGUCAAGGACUCCAGUUUAACAGGAAUGUUUUUAGUCAUACAUAUUACAGUACAUACGGUUCUGGUAGUUUAUUUAUAGGACAUCUCGUGUUAUCACUUUGCGGGCUUUCCGGUCAUGCGUACGCACAUUUUUGUGCAGUAGGGUUGAAAAAUUGACACAUAAAAACUUGUGCUUGUCAGUCUGUCGGGUUAAAAAGGUCAGUGCGCCACCAAGGAUUCACCUCAGCAACUGCUGAUUUCCCUCAAUGAGGCCAGCGAAGGGGGGAAGCACCUUACUCCCUAUCCAAUGAUAUCAUCUUACCCUCUAACACUGGGACAUUGUCUGUGGCCAUCUCCAAGCGAGCCCACCGUGGAAAUUCGUUUUGUUUUUUAAGAUACGCUGAGGAAUGUCACACUUGGGAACAGAACUGACACGGCUGGAUUAGAGUCUGAAGCUUGUCGUGUGCAUGAAAAAAAGAACGUUACCUGAUGGGUUUUGUUUGUUUUCUCUGCACGUGAGAAGCUCAGGUGUAACACACACAACCCUCGUCUUAAAGGGUAUCGGGUUUCUACCCGGCAGGGUCUAGCCGGCCUCUUCCAGCUUCUGUUACCAAGCCACUCUCAUCACUAAUUCAUCCGCGCCCUUCACCCCAAAAAGCUAUUUGGUCGGGCGGUUGGUUCUGCUGAGCGGGAGGAAAGGACAAGAGUUUCUCGCUCUUCGCCAGAGCAGUUCACCACGAGGGCUCCCAGAGGAGGGCCGUACCUAAGCUGGGGCCCGAUGCAGAAGGGGGAGGCUAUGAGCCCGCAGGACUCAAGGGCGGCGGGGGCCGAGGCCCCGGAAGAGCAGAAGGCCCAGAACCAGGGGCGGAAUCAGGGCGGCGGGGAGCCCACAGCGCCUCCGCUUCCCCCUUCGCCACCACCACCGGGGCCGCCAGAAUAUCCCAGGCCCAGACUCAUUUUCCACACCCAGCUGGCUCACGGGAGUCCCACGGGCCGCAUUCACGGAUUCACUAAUGUCAAGGAGCUGUAUGGAAAGAUCGCCGAAGUGUUCAACAUUUCCCCAUCAGAGAUCCUGUUCUGCACCCUCAACUCUCAUAAAGUGGACAUGCAGAAGCUGCUGGGGGGGCAGAUCGGACUGGAAGACUUCAUUUUCGCUCACGUCCGAGGGGAGACCAAGGAGGUGGAGGUGACAAAGACAGAAGACGCGUUAGGCCUCACUAUCACCGACAAUGGGGCCGGAUAUGCCUUCAUCAAGAGGAUAAAAGAAGGCAGCACCAUAGAUCAGCUGAAGACCGUGUGUGUCGGGGAUCACAUCGAGGCCAUCAACGACCAGAGUAUCGUAGGCUGCCGACACUACGAGGUGGCCAAGAUGCUGAAAGAGCAGCCUCGAGGCAUACCUUUCACUCUCCGCCUGGUGGGACCCAAGAAGGCCUUUGACAUGAUUGGAAUGAGGACCAGAGCGCCAAAAUCAACUGAGGGCAAGAUGGCGAACGGCAGGGAGACGCUACGGCUUCGCUCCAAGGGGACUGCUACAGUUCAGGAAGUGCAGAAUGAGUUUGAUGAACAGGCCACCAGGAGAGUGGACGAUCUCCUAGAGAGCUACAUGGGCAUCAGAGAUGUGGAGCUAGCAACCACCAUCGUGGAAGCCGGUAAAGACAAGAAGAACCCUGAUGACUUUGCAGAGGCCCUGGACUCCGUUUUGGGAGAUUUUGCUUUCCCUGAUGUGUUUUUGUUUGACGUAUGGGGGGCUAUUGGAGAAACCAAGACCGGGAGAAUGUAGACCUCUACAGCACCAUAUAAGCAAGAGAGAGAGAGAGAGAGAGAGAGAGAGGGGUCUGUUCUCCAGUUCAUCCAACUGUAAAACAACAAAUUUUAUCUUUAAAACCAUGAAUGGGCCCGCAACCCUUUGCAGCCUUUAAGUUAUAAUACUUUACAGAAAAUGUAAAGUUAAUGUCAUCCUGAACGUUGAAAAUCUUUGACAAUAAACUCAACCGAUUGCUGUGUAGUUUUUAAACAAACUGAAAUCAAAGACAUGGUGUAGGCAAUUCCCUUUUGAUCUUGUGACAGUGACAAUUCACUGGUUCAAAAAGAAAUACAGGCUUAUUCCCAUUUUGAUAAAUAAGUUUGCAAAUAUUCUUUUAGUGCCUGAUCCCUUCUCAUACAUACAAACCACGAUGCAAAGGAUUUAUCAAAAAUACAACAGUCAGCCAGUCAUCCAAGCAGUUAGAUGAAACUAUUAACAUGUUUUCUAGACACACAGGAAAGGUACAAGGAGACAUCCUGGGGAAAAAUCCCCUAAUCAGGAUGUAUCAGUCUACUUCUCCAUUAUCAGUAAUCUACAGAUCCACAUCUAUAACUUAUAUUUGUAUGCAAACAGGUCAUCGUAUUUAUAUAUAAUUAGUUUACUCUUUUUUUCAAACAAUCAAUUGGCCACAGUGCAACUCAGUCAAUAGGGGGGACGAUACCCGACGGUCCUUCUCUGCAAUUCAGAUUUUCCCACAUGAUCAAACAGGAAUCAGGCCCACAGUUGCCACAAUAUUAACAACCCCCCCCCCAAAAAAAAAUGUUAGGGUUCGGAAAAUAUGAGGGUCUGGUUGCCCACUAAUGUUGAAAUAACACUGCCUCACAUAUUCACAUUUACAUUCUCACAUUCUCUGGGAGGGAAUGUUUCUGGUUGGUCUCAAGUAAAGAAUGUAAAUAUACUUGCUCAGUUUGUUUUAGUCACCAUCCUUCAGGAUUACUAAGUCUGAAUGUUUCUCACAGUCUGUCUUUGGACUGAGGAGUAUUUACUGAGGAGGCAAAGAAGCACAUACGUAUGCAGGUUGACGUUAAACAGUCACCUGCUUUCUGCCUCAUUUUCUGAAUACAGGUGAACAAGUAAACACCGAAAAACUGUUUGUCACAACUUCAGUCUGGCUUCACUGUUUUAGCUUCAUCAGUCUAAGUCCGCUGAUGUUUGACCACUUUGUGUAUCAUUACACCUCUCAAUGAAAAACUGAAAACUGUGAGGCAUGUUUCAUAUGUUUAAAUCGUAAGUAAAAAGGUUGUAAUCAUACAGUAGUUGUCAAGCCCGUGUGUUUAACAUAAAAAGUCCACAUAA